AUGAUCAGUCUUACGGUCGGUGUCUUGGCCCUUCAGGGUGGUUUUGCUGAGCAUGUCGAUCUUGUGCGAAAGGCCGCAGAGUAUCUUUCUUCUACGGAGGGUAUUUCCAAGGCGAAAUUUCACUGUAUCGAAGUUCGCACAAAAGAAGAGCUCGAUCAGUGUAAUGCUCUUAUCAUUCCUGGUGGCGAGAGCACCACUAUCUCUUUCGUCGCCGCUCAAUCUGGUCUUCUUGAGCCGUUGAGAGAUUUCGUCAAAGUCCAGAAGAGGCCAGUCUGGGGAACCUGCGCAGGUCUUAUCCUCCUCUCAGACGAGGCAAAUGCUACCAAGAAAGGUGGUCAAGAACUCAUCGGUGGUCUCGCAGUCCGCGUUCACCGCAAUCACUUUGGUCGUCAAAUGGAGAGUUUCGAGUCAGGAAUGAAUCUCCCCUUCUUAAACGACGACAACGACGACAAGCUCUUCCCUGGAGUCUUUAUCCGCGCACCCGUCGUGGAAGAAGUCAUCGGAUCAUCUGACGAUGGACGGCCACCAGUUGAAGUCCUGGCCAAGUUGCCAGGUCGAGUAGAUAAGAUGAAGUCUGGCGUAUCACAAGCCAACACUAAGGACGAUUCAGGGGACAUCGUCGCUGUUAGACAGGGUAAUGUGCUAGGAACAAGCUUUCAUCCUGAGUUGACCAAGGAUGAGAGGAUACAUGUGUGGUGGCUCAAGGAGAUUCUCAACCAGCAAUAA